AUGGUGAACAUGGCGAAGUGCGCGCGUGCCAUGUUAGCCAUGGCUGUCCUCGCCAACGUAGUCGAUGUCACGUCUCUGGGGCCUAACAACGAGACGUCGACAUGCUCGACGGCUGCCGUGCAUGAGCGGUACCCCGUUCGGGAUGCCCUUGAGCGACGAGUGCUGGACCUAGAGCAGGAUCGGCAGCACAAAGCUUGGUGGAGGGCUGCGUAUCACCGGCACUCACACCUCGGCUCAGGCUGGGAGUUCCAGCAUAAAGGGGCCAAGCUGCUGCGGCUCCUGGCGAACCACACGGCCAUGUGCGGAGCGCUGGGAUAUACGUGCGCCGUCUACAACCCCUGGGAGCCGCGCCGCUGCUUCUCCCACCACCCCCUGGUGAAGGCCUGGUCUCCCUCAUGUGGAGGCGGCAGUGACGGCAGCGACCCUUGGAGAAGUACAGGAAUUCCGCGAAUUCCACGAAGGCCCCCGCGGGUUCGAAAGAGUGCCGCGGACUGGCUUGGGCUCCACCAGGAUUGCCAGGAGGGCCUGGAGAGCCAACUGCCCCAGACCCAACCCGAGAUGACGCGCAUGCUCGAGUGCGCGGGUGUGGCUUGGGGCCCCGUCGCUGGAGAGGACUACUUCGAAACCAUCUCCCUGCUGCGUGCAGUCACGAGCGCCACCAGCUUCACAAACUUCGUGGUGGUGGAGGUGGGCUCCGGGAUAGGCUACUGGGCACCGAAAGCUGCGAAAGCCUUCAGGCGCCGAUUCCCCCACACCGGAUCUUGCCAUGUUGUCCUCAUCGAGUCUCUGGUGCCCACAGCGUCGGCAGCCGCUAAUCUCCAGCGCAAUGGUAUAUAUGAGCUUUGCAAUGUCACUUUCUACCAGUCAGCUGCAACUGCCCAACUACUGGACAGCCUCAUCCAGUCUUUUGGGGCCGUGGACCUUGUGCAUGUGGACAUCCAGGAGGCAGAGCUGGAGCUGGUAAAGCGGAGCAUCCUGUUACCGAAGGUGCAACACCUCUUCAUUGGUACACACGGGCGGCUCAUACACCGGGAGGUGCGGACCUGGCUCGUGGCACACGGCUUCUCCCUGGACUUCGACUACGUGGGCAAAAGCUUCCUGCCGACAGCCUAUGGCCCGGUCGUCUUCGGCGACGGGGUCCUUGCCGCAAGAAAGAAGGCUUUGGACUGGUGA